CGUCACUCAUUUAUCCCAUCCCAUCUCUCCUUUGACCCUAUUCAACCACCAAAUCGACCCCUUUCUCUCCCGCCCACGACCUUAGACCUAGAGACCUCUACUCUACAGCAGCACUCCGUAUCUUGGACAAGACCCCCACUCGCCUCGGGCGUAUGAAUGUCCUACUCCACCUCGACCGAACCUGCGCGGUCUUUUGACGAACUCGGCACCUCCCACCACGUCUUCGGGCAGGAUGAUACGUCCAGUCUCCAGGGACAUCGGCACGACAGAGCCCUCCUUCAAGAACAGAAUACAUCAGACAUGUCUGCCUCGGACCAACUCAACAUCACCACUGGGCAGCGUAUGAUUUCCGCCACUGUAGGCAGUGUCCUCACAUCACUACUCGUUACACCCCUUGAUGUUGUCAGAGUCAGACUUCAGUCUCAAUCACCUCCAACUCCACACAAUCUCUCGCGGUUCGCUGCAUACUCGACCAGCUUCAAGCGAUUGCCACCCGACCUAGGUAUUAAUUCAUGUUGCCGAGAGGUCUUUUGGGUGGGGGAUAAUGGAAGCUUUUGUAUCGCCGGACAUGACACACACGCCUCAACAGCUUCCACCGCUGAUUGUGCCGUGGAGCAAACCCAGAAGAAGACAUACACUUCGACUUUUGACGGUUUGAAGAAGAUCGCGCGAAAUGAAGGCGCCACGACAUUAUGGAGGGGACUCAGCCCAACCUUGGUGAUGGCUAUUCCUGCCAAUGUCAUUUACUUUACUGGGUACGACUGGCUGCGGUACAGUUCGGCCAGUCCUGUGAGGCGAGUGUCGAAUGAUACGUACGCACCGCUGGUGGCAGGCGCGAUAGCUCGAGUCGCCGCCGCUAUUGCUGUAUCUCCGGUUGAAAUGUUCCGGACGAGGAUGCAGGCAACUCAAGGAGUGUCGACGGGCAUUUACAAGGAAACGUUCCUUGGAUUACGCCGGAUGACACAGACCCAAGGGUAUACAUCUCUAUGGCGUGGACUGACGCUCACCAUGUGGAGAGACGUCCCCUUUUCUGGAUUGUAUUGGUGGGGCUACGAGGUGCUUCGCAACUCAUUGACAGACAUGAGAGUGGCAGCCAAAGGUCAACUACUCGACCCUCAUCGGUCAUUGACCAGUUCGAGAGAUGUCAAGUCGGAGCAAACACACACGGCAACCUUUGUUGACAGCUUUUUGGCUGGUGGAGGCGCAGGGGCGGUCGCUGCCUUUGUGACCACCCCGUUUGAUGUGGGCAAAACGCGACAACAAGUUUAUCAUCAUGCCGGAGAUGACGCUGCAUCGGUGACAGCAGCACGCGCCUUGGCCAAGGAGGGUAAGCCGAUCCCUGAGGAGUUGUCCAUGCUACGCUUUCUGAUGCACAUUGCCCGGGAAGAAGGAUUUGGGGGCUUGUUCAAGGGCUGGGCCGCACGCUGUUUGAAAGUGGCACCGGCAUGUGCCAUCAUGAUCAGCAGCUAUGAGGUCGGAAAGAAAUGGGCGAGAGCAGUAAAUGAGAAGAAGGCAGACAAGGCUCUCUGAGGGAGCAGGGCGAUUUGUCCAAUGGAUCUGUCUUGUAUCAACACAUUAAUGAACAUGAACAGCGAGGCGUUGAGUUUUUACGGGAAACCGACUCGUGGGCGGCAAUCUUAGCGAUUGUCGAAAGAAAUCAAUUGGCUUUAUACAUAUGGAAUGGGAUGGGAUCCUUCUUCUCCAUGUAAAUAGUCUAGACCUAAGCACUUGAAAGACGCCAUGUUUUCCAGGAAUCACUCUACAUAUAUUGGCAUUUAAUGAAGCGGGGCACGAUAUACGCUACUAGGAUACAUCGAAGUACCACCAUGGGGACCUAGAAUGCCAUUCG